GACUUCAAAUAAAUUCCCUGUUCGUCCGCAGCUCAUGAGGAUCUGGACCAAAGAGGAGCGAGAGACGAAUGAAACUUAAGACACUUUUACGCGCGUAAAGACACCGGUUUUUUUUAUUACAGUGGAUGAACUGCUCGCGAUUUAAGGAAAUGACCCGGACCUGCACGUGCAUCUGCGGUGAAUCUGAGAGCAGCAGCCCAUCUCUCAGGGGACAAUGGAGAUCCACAACCUGCGUUUACUCAGCACGCCUCGCAUGAACGGUAUUCCCACAGAAGUCUCGGCGCGUCCUCAAAGAACUCCCCAUCUCCCGAUCGAUUCUUAGGAUAUGCUGGUUUUGAUUCAGACGCCUCGCACAAACUUUCCAGACGUUUCCCAGUAACAGUUAGACAUGCAGAGCCGUGGUGCGGCUAGAAGCUCGGCCGGGCUGUCCGCGGUGCGCUCCUGCCUCCUGCUCCUCUUCAUCCACAUGAGCGCACCGCUGGAGGCGAGGAGAGUGCGCGGCGGCCGGGCGCAAACUCGGCGGCUGCAGCAGCAACAGCAGCAGACCCCGGCGUACAGGGAGCGGGCUGAGGGAGCGGAGAGCUUCCCGUUAGACUUCACCGCCGUGGAGGGCAACAUGGACAACUUCAUGGUGCAGAUAAAGAACCUUGCGCAGUCACUGUAUCCGUGCUCCGCUCAAAAGCUGGACCAAGACAUGAAGCUGCACUUUUUGAAGAAUGUUUCUGUGACUUGUAAUGACGGGUCACCUGCGGGGUACUACAUCAAGGAGUCCAAAGGCAGCAAGCGGUGGCUGCUGUUCCUGGAAGGUGGAUGGUACUGCUUCAACAGGCAGACGUGCGACAGCAGGUACGAGACCAUGAGGAGACUGAUGAGCUCCACCAAGUGGCCGCAGACCAGAACAGGGACGGGCAUUUUGUCGCCGCAGCCGGAGGAAAAUCCUCACUGGUGGAACGCCAACAUGGUGUUCAUCCCUUACUGCUCCAGCGACGUGUGGAGCGGAGCCACCCCGAAGACGGAUCAAAAUGAUUACGCCUUCAUGGGCUCUCUGAUCAUCAGGGAGGUGGUGAACGAGCUGCUGACGAAGGGUCUGGACAACGCCAAGGUCCUGCUCCUGGCGGGCAGCAGCGCGGGCGGCACCGGCGUCCUGCUCAACGUGGACCAAGUUGCGGAGCAGCUGGAGUCGCUGGGACACAGAGGGGUGCAGGUCAGGGGCCUGGCCGACUCUGGAUGGUUCCUGGACAACAAGCAGUACAAGUUCACCGACUGCCUGGACACCAUCAGCUGCGCCCCCACCGAGGCCAUAAAGAGAGGCAUCAGGUACUGGGGCGGGCUGGUGCCAGAGAGCUGCAGACAGGCUCACGUGGGAGAGGAGUGGAACUGCUUCUUCGGGUACAAAGUCUACCCCACGUUAAAGAGCCCCGUGUUUGUGGUGCAGUGGCUGUUUGACGAGGCCCAGCUGACGGUGGACAACAUCCACCUGACGGGGCAGCCCGUCCACGAGGGCCAGUGGAGGUACAUCCAGAACCUGGGGCAGGAGCUGAGGAGCACGCUGCGCGACGUACCGGCCAUGUUUGUUCCGGCGUGUCUGUCUCAUGAGCUCAUUACCAGAACCUACUGGAUGGACAUCCAGGUGAAAGGCACGUCCCUGCCCAGAGCCCUCCACUGCUGGGACCGCAGCCUCCAGGACAGCGUCAACGCCAACAGCAGCAGCCACAGCCACCAGAAGCACAGGACCCCUCCGGUGAGAGGCUGCCCCGUGCACCUGAUGGACAGCUGCCCCUGGCCGCACUGCAACCCCUCCUGCCCCACCAUACGAGACCAGCUGACGGGACAGGAGAUGAGCGCCAUCCAGUUCCUGAAGCACAUGGGCUUCGACGUGCAGAAGAUGGCCCAGCAGCAGGGCAUGGACCCCAGGAAGCUGCUGGGCAUGCUCAACAACGGGAACUGAAUCAAACAGAACUGCAGGUUUAAGACUUCAAAACUCAAGAGACACGUCGUCUCCUGUCACACACACACAAAAAAAAAAAAAGAAACUCAGCGACUCCAACACAAAGUGCCUCGUGAAGACAUCGUUGAGUCAGACACAAUCAAGCAAGAAGGUUUGAGCUGUUUAAAUACAAUAUAUGGGAUCGGAUCAACAUAAGAUAUACAGAUAUGCUAUUAUUUUUGACGAGCCGGGCACACUACGCGCCCGUGUGUGUAUACAGUGACACGUACUGUAUAAUGUGUAUGUGCGGGUGAGAUUAUCACGAUAGCCGUCUAAACUAGUCCGUAGAGCUUUGACGGGAAAAGCACUGGACUGACAACACCUCCCGGGUCCGUCCUGGGCUCUCCCUGCAUGCGUGAGGGGAGGAUCUGCGGGGAUUCGGUGCUCUCUUCUGUCCACGCUAAAAACCACGUUCAGAGAUCCGUCUAUGGUGCUGCUGUUUCUACCCUCUCCACCAAAUAUGCUGCUUUUUUCUCUUUAUGGAAAAAAAAUAAUAAUUUAAUGGGUAACAUUUACUAAUAAAAGACUGAGAUAAUUACAUUGUUCUUCAGGCCACGGUUAAAUGCUUUAUUUAUUUUUCUACUGAAAAGUAUCUUUUAUAUUUCCUCAUAGUCGGACACAGUUAACCAUCAUAACAAUGUCUACAUACAUUUUACUUUUUUUUUUUUAAACUGUAUGCUUGUAGUGUGUAUUGAGUCCAUAUUAUUUUUCAGGCUGUAAAGUUUGUAUUUUCUUGUACUGUAGUAGUGGCCACAGCUUAUAUAAGCACUAAUAAAUACAAAGACAUGCUGAUUUGA